CACGGAAUCUUUAAAAUUUAAUACUUAAAUUAGUAUGUGUUAUAUUUACUAUGCAAACUAAAUAACAUUUCAAGAAAACGUUAUUUUUUGUUAAGUUUUGAUAAACCGCUGAUAUCUGUUCAUUUAUUUUGAAUAAAUUGCUACUUUACAGAUAUCAGUUUACUAGCAUCCGACACGUGUGUUGCGUCGAACCAUAAAAGUCGACAAUUUGCUCAUUCAAAUUAAACAAAUUUAUAUUGCUAGUUUAUCAGUUCCAGUAUAGACAAUGAACAAAAGAAAGUUGAUUCAAAGUAACCAAUCUUUACAAGAAAUUACUGAAAGUAUAAGUAAAAAACGUUUCCAAGUACCCAUCGUUUCCUUAGAAACACAUUCCGGAAUAAACGCAGUUCUUGAGAAUAAAGUAACAACAGUGGUUAUUGUUGAUAAAAACAAAAACAGAUACUUUGCUUUAUUUCAUGGUAACUUGAAAGGAGACUCACAAAAUCUAGCUGUUGUGGAACUUUUGCAACAAACAGAGACACCUAGUAUAUUCCGUCAAAAAGAGGGAAGAAGAAAACUGAUUGUGAUUUCAAUGUUGGAAGUGUUAGGUUUUAUAGACUUAAAUAUUAUUAAAGAAAAUCUCGAUACUUAGUUACAAGAAACAACUUACUCAUUUUCUGCGGUUUUAUAAACCAUAUUGCAUUUCUUUAUUAUAAAAUGUAAAAGCCGUAAAAACACCAAAAAUAUAACAUAAUAAUAAUUUAAACUCAAAUAGUGUUGAAAUUAAUAUUUAUGAUGUAAUUAAAGAACCAUGUUUUAUACUUGAUAUUUAUGAAUAUAUAUAAUAAUUUAUAGAUAUAUUGUUAUAGAGAAAAA